UUCUAAUCUCAAGAUAGCGAUACCCCACUUGUGACACUUCUUUGGAAAGCUAAUUGAAAUUGCUAAACAAUGGUCAUACAGAUUUCAACUUCUGUCUUCUUUCAACAAUUACUGCACAAGGUGUUAUUGGCUUUGGUAAUUGCUAAGAAACAAUCAAGGGAUGAUAUUGUUCAAGCUAUAUUUAAAACUGGAAAUCGUAUGCGUAAUGGGCAGUCGGCUUUAGAGCCUGAUUCUGAACCAUUACAACAACCGACAUCCAAUUCUAACAUUUUCAAUGCUGAAAAUAUUAGUCAAGAGACAGCAACAAUGCAUUCAGAAUAUAACUUUCAAAAUGAAUUGGCUCAAAGUACAACAAAUUCUAAUAUCGAUAUGGAUUCUCAUGCGUCUCAAGAAUCCAUUCUGAACUUAUAUCAUAUAACCAACCCUGAGGGUAUUAGUUACCAGAUACCAACGACCUGUGGAGAAGAGGUGUCCAAUCAAGGAACGACACUGACAUUCUUUGAUGGUAAUUUAGAUUCAGAACGGUUACAACAAUCUAUACCAGACGUAGGUGAUAUUCAUAAGCCGGAAACUAUUAUUCAUCAAAUACCAACAAACUGGUCACAAAAUAAUUCUACAGAUAUUCUUACUGAAUGUACUUCAUUGCAACAAAGGAUACCCAGCUUUGACAGUAUUAGAUAUCAUAAGCCACAUCCAAAAUUUAAUUUUAAAAGUACUGAAAAUACUAUACUGGCUACUCCAAUAGAAUAUGAUCUUCAGAAUACCGAAACCGAUAGUGCUUAUGGUUCUUUUUCUAGCAGUGUUAACUGUAUUGAACCAGAAAAAGUUGAUAGUGAAAACAACCUUGCAACACUUCAUGGUGAAAAUAACAAUAUUGCAGUACUGAAAAAUAUCGAUUUUGAGAUCGUACAGCCUAGUUCUAGUGCAAAUCAAACUACCGACGAAGGGAUUUUAAUUUGGGGGAAGGAUAAUGAGGCUUCGUUUGCUAUGGAUCAAGUAGAAAACACAAAUAGUGUUCCAGAAGCAGGCACAUCCACAACUUUAAAUUUUGAUAUAUUUACAAAUAAAUCUGAAGGAGUUUUUCAGUAUUUAUACGAUUAAAUAAAUUUGUUAUAUCCGUUAGAUUUUUUUUUGCUAUUUAUAGUCUGUAAAUAUAUACCAUAUGAUUGAUAAAA